UCUCAGCAAGAAGAAGCCUUCUUUAUUUUGUAAAUUUGAACCUUGCUCCGUACGACUGACUCGAUUAGUCUCUCAACAAUCACCUGCUCAGCUUUCCGCAUCGAUAUCAAGCUUGAGGCAUCUUCUGGGAUGACAUUCGUCCUACCUGGUGAUGUGAUCCCCACAGCGACCUCCCAAACGUCCUUUGGUCCAGGGCUGGCUCCUCUCGAUACAUCUAACCAAGCUGGACCAUCUCGAGCUCGAGGCCAGUUCACUUCUUCGACAUCGUCCGAAGGGAAUUCCACCGAGUCUGCUAGAGUCGUCGCUACGAAGGCUGGGACUCUGGUGUCUAGUGAUGGAAAGGGGAAGAAAGGUGGCGUAUGGAUUGAAAGCAAUUCGAGACGGUAUACUCCCGCUUCGCGCGAUCUCGUAUUGGGCACGAUCAUCGCUCGACAUGCAGAUGGAUACAGGGUAGAUAUAGGCUCGGCGAGCAUGGCAUCCUUGGAUGCGUUGGCUUUUGAGGGCGCUACCAAGAGGAGUAAACCGAAUCUCAAGGUCGGAACACUUAUCUACGCUCGUGUAUCACUCGCUUCGAGAGAUAUGGAACCGGAAUUGGAAUGCUUUGACCCAGCUACGGGUAAAUCUGAUGGGUUUGGAGAAUUGAAAGAGGGUCUCGUGGUGGAUUGUUCAUUACAAUUGUGUAGGCGCCUGUUGACACCCAAGAACCCUCUCCUUCCUAUACUGGCGUCUGUCAUCCCUUUUGAGAUCGCCAUUGGACUCAAUGGACGAAUAUGGUUCAAAUCGAGUUCUAUAGAUGAGACGAUCGCACUGCAGCGGGUCAUACAGGGUAUAGACGAUGGAUCGCUAGCAGAGACAAAGGGAGAAUUAGAAAAGGCUUUGAAAGCUUACAUGGCAUAGAGAAGCAUGUUGCAUGAACUGCAACUGUAUAAAUGGGCAGAAGUUCCCCAUUCGUGGAGCACCAAGACUUCAUCUGUCUUGUCGGUCACUGGGGGAAUGCUCCUGCAUCGAUCGAUGUCGAGAAUCCUUGGCCUCGAUCGAUCGACCGGGAAUCUGAUGGUCGCUCAAAGGUACUUACUGGGGACUGGUUUGACAGCUUGUGGUCGUGUGUUCAAGGUCAACAUCGAAUUGAUCAGAUCAGGCUCAAAAUACAUGCAGUCAUCAGAGUAGCAGCAUCAUUCAGCUCUAUCCAUGCCCGAAGAGCUG